AUGCCGACCUGCAGUAAAUGCAAAGAACAAGUUGCAGAUGGAGCGGACUGCAGUCUUUGUAAGAGUUGUCUUCACUUCCAUUGCGCAGGUAUCAGUGAACCGGGAUACCGUAAAUUGGGUGAUCGAAAAAUGACCUGGCGGUGUCCAAAGUGUAAACAAGGACAAGGACAAGGUAAAUCUCCCUCGCAGCCUUCAACUACUAAGCCUUCAGGCCCAACCGAUCUCGAACACCAAGAGAUAACUCCAACACAAUUGAUGAAGGAAAUCAAGGAUAUUGCAAAUAAACUAAAUUCUCUUGAUUCUAUUGUUGAGGACAUUAAGUACCUGAAGGAUAAUCUCACGCAGCUCCAAAAAUCUAACGUCCAAACGAACAACGUCAUCCAGGAACUCUCCAAAAAAAUUGUGCACCUUGAAUCACGUGUUAAAGAAGUCGAAUGUGAUAAGGAGAAAGUUGUUUGCCUAUCCCAGAAGGUUGAAAAACUUGAGAUUCAAAUACAGUUUAAAGACCAGUGGGCUCGAUUAAAUAAUGCGGAAAUAAAAGGAGUGCCCAUGAAAAAAGGUGAAAACCUUUUGGAUAUUGUUAUUUCCAUUGGCUCUAAAGUUGAUUUCACACUCUCUAAAAGCCAAAUUAACUACGUCACUAGGGUGCCUAAUCGAGAUCCAAACAGCGCUAAGCCUAUAAUUGUAUGUUUCAACAAUCGUUUUGUAAAGGAGGACUUCGUCACUGCUGCCAGAAAAUAUUCGUCCAUGUCUCCACUCACCACCAUUGCUAUAGGUCUACAAGGCAACAACCGUAUCUUUGUGAACGAUCACCUAACUGCCUACAACAAAACUUUACUUAAUAAGACUAAGACUGUUGCUCAAGAAAAAAAUUUCCAGUUCGUAUGGGUGAAGAACUCGAAAAUCCUUGCACGAAAAAAUACCACAUCUCCCAUCAUAUCGAUAAAGACAGAAAGAGACCUUCAAAAAAUGAUAUAA